AUGAAUGAUGUAAAAAGGGACCAACUUCACCUGGAUUUUGAUGAGAAGCCUGUCCUUGGCCAGAAAGAGGACAAUGUUCCAGAGAUCAGGGGAACUCGAUGUCUGCGAAACCGAGAGCUACUGAGAAAAAGAAAAGCUGAAGCCCAAGAAAGACAGUCAUCAGAGUGGCUUGGAUCCCAAAAUAAAAGCAAGCGGCAAAGGACAGUAAGAGGCCGAGGCCAAUCACAAACUAAAGAAACGAAGAAUGAACCUCCCCUACAAGUUGUGAGAGUAGAAAAGGAAGAAAAAGUUGAGGAAAAACUCGAGUCUCUAAAGCAACAGGAGCCCUUGCUGGGUGUUACCAAAGAUGUCCAUUCUACAGAAAACCGAGAAAAUGUGACAGAGAAUGCCCCCAAAAUAUAUCAACAUGAAGCAAUGCCUCAAGAUUACACAACUGAAACAGACCAAGAAACAUCUGGGUAUAAGGAUCUUUCUCCUAAAACAACUGAGCCUGGGAAACAUACUUCUAAAACAAACCAAGAAACCACUGUGCUGAAAGAGCCAUCUCCUAAAACCUGCCAAGGAAAAGCUGUACCUGAAUCUUUCUCUCCUAAAAGAUACCAAAACACAUCUGUUCCUAAAGAUUGCUCUCUGAAAAUAUGUCAAGAAACAGCUAUUGCUGAAAAUUAUGCACUUAAGAGAUGCCAAGAAACAGCUGUGCCUGAAGACCUUUCUCCUAAAACAUGCCAGGAAAUAGUUGUGUCUGAAAAGCAUACUCUUAAAACAUGUGAAGAGACAGCCAUGCCUGAAGACCUCUCCCCCAAAACAUGCCAGGAAACAGCUACAACUAAAAACUUGUCACCUAAAAAAUACCAAGAAACAGUCAUUUGUGAAGUGCUUUCUCUUAAAACAUGCCAGAAAAGAGCCGUGUCUGAAAAAUGCACCCUUAAGACAUGCCAAGAGACAUCUGUACCUGAAUCUUCUUCUCCUAAAAGAUACCAAGAAAUGGCUGUCCCUAAAGAUUGCUGUCCUAAAAUGCGCCAAGAAACAGCUAUAGCUGAAAAUUAUGCACCUAAGAGAUGCCAAGAAACAGCUGUGCCUGAAGACCUUUCUCCUAAAACAAACCAAGAAACCACUGUGCUGAAAGAGCUAUCUCCUAAAACAUGCCAAGGACUGACUGUAUCUGAAUCUUUUCCUCCUACAGGGUACCAAGAAAUGGCUGUCUCCAAAGAUUGUUGUCCUAAAAUGCGCCAAGAAACAGCUAUUGCUGAAAACGAUGCACCUAAGAGAUGCCAAGAAACAGCAGUGCCUGAAGACCUUUCUCCUAAAACAAACCAAGAAACCACUGUGCUGAAAGAGCUGUCUACUAAAACAUGCCAACGAAUAGCUGUACCUGAAUCUUUUCCUCCUACAGGGUACCAAGAAAUGGCUGUCUCCAAAGAUUGCUGCCCUAAAAUGCGCCAAGAAACAGCCAUUGCUGAAAACUAUGCACUUAAGAGACACCAAGAAACAGAUGUGCCCGAAGAGUUUUCUCCUAAAACAUGCCAGGAAAUAACUGUGUCUGAAAAAUGCACCCUUAAAACAUACCAAGAAACAGCUGUGCCUGAAAAACAUACUUCUCUAACAUGCCAAGGAACAGCUGUGCCUAAAGAUUGCUCCCCGACAACGUCCCAGGAAAGAGCAAUGUCUGAAAAAGGAAACAGAGGCACUUGA